AUCAAAAUGAAAAAGCCACUGUAACGAUGAACUUUUUGCCGCUGGUUUUGAAAUUAAAGGGCAAAUCUGUGUUAGAAAAAAGUCACGACCUUAUUGUUCCUCUAUUGCUGGAACAGCAAAGAAACUUCACAAAUGAUUUUGAUUUACUAAUGGCAUGUCCCUUUACUUCUCUUUCUCAAAUUCUGUCUUUCUCGUUCCUUUACUCCCUUUAGAAUCAAAGUAUAAAAACAAAGUAUACUGCUUAAUUGAUAGGUCUAAUCAUUCAUAAAUUUACGACAUGGAAGUAUUGAGGAUUGUUUUGAAUGGUGUUCUCUGUUCAAUAACUCUUUGGACACAUACUACUUGUGUCGUCGCAGCGCAAUAUUUAUCACUGUUUAUUUGGCCAUUGUCAAAAGAUGUUUAUUACAAGUUUCAUGCGCAAAUAAUGCGUUUUUGGUCACAAAAUCUAUUUCAAACGAUGGAUUAUUUUGCACCUGGUGAAUUGAUUAUUACGUUCGAUAAGAGCUGUAUUAACAAUAAAGACAAGCAUUGCAAGAACGGCCAAGAGUCUGCCCUCAACAGUACGAAUAAUACUACGGAAACGAAUGAAGAGGAUGAAGUUUACCAAGAAGAGUUAGAGAAAUUGCUCACUCGUAAUAAUCAAGGUCAAGUUACCGGAAUAUCUUUCCCCGAAAAGCUUAUUAUGAUCGCAAAUCAUCAGAUUUAUGCGGAUUGGAUUUAUAUUUGGUUUAUUGCCUAUCUCUCAAAAGCCCAUGGCGCCAUCAAAAUCAUGUUGAAGCAUAGUUUAAGUUUAUUGCCAAUUUGGGGAAGGGGCAUGAAAUUCUUUGAGUUCAUCUUUUUAAAGCGUAGAUUGGAACAAGACAAGGAUAACAUUUUGGGAAUGUUGAAUUCCGCAAAGAGUAGAAAUAGACCUAUGUGGUUAGUGUUAUUUCCUGAAGGAACAGUUAUUUCUGACAAUACUCGUUUAAAAUCCAAAAAUUAUGCCACAAAGCUCGGAAUGGACGAUUUCAAGUUUACACUUUUGCCGCGAAUCACUGGUUUGUUAAUGUGCAAAGAAACAUUAAAAGACAGCGUGGAAUGGUUAUAUGACCUCACUAUCGCCUACCCUGGUAUCAAACCCGGUGAAAAUCCUGAAGAUGUUAUGACCAUGAAACGCAUAUUCUGUGAAGGCAAUGGCCCUCAUGAAAUUCAUAUUCAUGUUCAACGCUAUCGUUUAGCUGAUUUACCUUCUGAUACUGAGGGUUUUUCUAACUGGUUAUUAGAAAGGUGGACAGAAAAGGAUAAACGAAUGAUCUACUUUAACGAGCAUGGUAAAUUGCCUGAGGAGCAUGAUAUUGGUAUAGGAGAAGAUGAACGGUUAUUCAAUGGCAACACUGUAAAAAUUCCCAUCAAAUUGCAGAAUCCGUUGAAAGAAUGUUAUGGUUAUUUACUAUACUUAGUUUUUUACAUACCUUUAUACUAUAUCGCUUCUUACACGAUCCGUUACAUUUAUCAUCUUAUUGCUCAAUAAUUAAUUCUCUUUUUGCUAUAACAUUUAUAAGCAGUUAUACUGUUUCUAUACAUGCAUUGUCGUCUGCUGCUAGACUACUACUACACUACUACUACUUGUAAUUUUAAACUCAUAUUUGAC